CUGCGUUAGAAGAAGUAUUAAUCGAGGAAGUUAGAAAAAGACCUCCUAUAUAUGAUUACACAUUGCCUUUAUCCGUUCGUGGCAUGGCAAAAGAUUGCAGAUUUGUGGAAGGAAGUUUCUGAAGCUCUUGAUGGUCUUACGAGUCCUGAAGAGGCUAAACGAAGAUGGAAGACGCUGAAAGAUACUUUCUGUAAAGCCAUUGCUGAAGAAAAGAAACCCAGUGGAUCAGCUAGAUCCUCUUCAAAAAAGCUGUGGAAGCAUUAUGAAUUAAUGUCAUUUUUACGUUCUGUAUCAACAAAUAGAAAUUCCAUAUCUAACAUUACAACAAAUUAAUGCAACAGUAAUUUCAUGGAAGACUAUUCCGACAAUAGUUUAUUGUUAGACACUUCUGACGACAACAGAAAAGAACAUACUGAUAAAUCUCUUGCUACACGUCGGAAUAAAGGCAAUGACGACAGUGUUGCCAGUAGUAGGACUCUAACAGUAGACGGUAGUAUUGGUGGGGAUGGAGUGGGGAUGGUUUCGUGCGCGCCGCGAUUUCAGGUAACGUCGGACAGUAGAAGAAGACAAGCAUAUCACUGUCUGUCUCACUCGCUCGCCUGCUCGCUCGCUCGCGAAGAUCGCAACGACGAAUUGGCAUUAUUGGCGAUGCGCGGUACAAAUCUGAAUACAAACGUAAUCUGUAAUUCAUCUCUUCAUUGCUAUAUAUAUAUAUAUAUAUGUAUAUAUAAAAGCUACCUUCUGUUUGUUCAUAACUAUAUAAGAGGAAUAUAUUUGCAGUACGAAAACAAUAUAUUGUGAAAAUAUACUGAAUAUAUUUUUAUGAGAAACAAGUUGGUGUUGCUGCGUGAAACAAUAAACGUUAUAAUAAAAAACAUUAAGCGCACGCGUGCAUACACACGCAGACACUCCUGUAAUAUCUAAUAUUUAUAUCCUUAUUAAACUAUUUUCUGACAA